AUGCCAUAUCCGCCAAGACCAACAGCUGGUGAGCCUCGGCUCCGCCACUUUGGCUCACAGCCACGCUUGAAGCCCAGAAACGACGACCAAACUUCUUCCGCAACGGUUACUGCCCCGAUGGAAUACGACAAAUUCCCUUCCCGGAAGUUGGUGCGUGAUGUUGGUGAAAGCAGCCCUGAGGAGUCAGGAAUGGAGAACAAAGACCUCAGCCAAAGUCUAGGUUUUGAGAAAGAGAUAGCCAAGGAUGUCAAAUACCCCCCGAGCAUCGCGUCCUCCAUCACCAGUGCCGAAACAGCCGUCGAAUCCACUGGAACUGCGUUUCCCUUCACACCAAGCAAAUCCCUCUUUAUAAACUCGCAUGGCAUCCGUCUCGUCCGCCUCCCGGUCCCUUCGUCUGAGCUAGAGAUCAAUAUCCACCGCUCCGAUGGCUCGGUCGCGUACACCUCCAAGCGCGACAAGCGCUGUUCAGGAGACGCGACACUCUCAACGCCGGAGACAGGAGACAUGUUAAAGACAAUCUACUUCUUCGGACCGAACCGUGACCCCGUCAUCCGUCCUAUAUCUAAAACUGUGGAGCUCGACGAUGAGCCAGAAAGCUCAAACGAAGCCACGGGUCUCGAAAUAAAAGUCACCAGCAGAUGGAAGUCUCGCACGCAAUACUUCACUACGCUCUACGGUGACUCCUUCCAGUGGCGAUAUGUCCGCUGCGACGAUCCUCAGUUGGGCUGUAAGAAGUUGCUCGUCUUAGAGAAGCUGGACAAUAACAACCCCAACUCCGUGGGGCGGCGUAUUGCCCAACUAGUUAGGAAUGAACAAACGAGACCGCCUGGUACCACGAAGACCACUGCUGGCAAUGGAGGUGAAUUGGUUUUGGACGCUGAUGCGAUGGGGGUUGAGAUUGACGAAGCAUUGGUGGUGGCAACUUGCUUGUUGAUGCUAAAGAAGGAAGUUGAUCGGAGAAGGAUGGUGCAGAUGAUGGUGCUUGGUGGCAUGUUGUCCGCAGGCUAA